AUGUCCUCUCAGUCGACGGUCGGAGGCUCUGAUAGCUCCGCAGUCGGUCGAGUUUUACUUCUUAGAUUCCUGUGCGGCCGGUCCUUCUCUCGGUUCGUCGGCUCGAUGGACAGUGGGUCUAGUGGUUGGUUUGUCUUCUCGCAUGGUGGCACAGAGGUAUCUUCUUCUCUGUCUGUGGUUAGCAAGAUCGGGUGGUCUCUAGCCUUGCUCCUCCUUGCCUUUCUUGAUUGUGCUGGAGGUGAAUCUCAUGCUUGGUGA